GCGCCUCCCAGAGCCCGGGGUUGGACUCGCUGCCCGGGCGCCUUCGGUCCCCGGGAUCUGCUGUCUCCCUUCCCGCCCCCCCGCCCCGGUCUGGCUCUUUCUCGACCCUCCACCCUCUUGCUGUCUCCUUUCCCUCUCUUCUCUGAUGAGCUUCCCCCUGCAGUCUGUCCUUCUCCCAAACUUGCGAUCCCCUCACCUCUGAUGGCCCGCUCGGGACUUGGCCCUGCCCAGCCAGCAGCCUUGGUCCCCGUGGCAGCCCCUGGUCCCAUGGGGCUCUCCUGAGCUAAGGCCUGGAGAGCCCAGUCGAGGGUAUCUUUCCCAGCUCCCAGAGGCAACUCUGUGCUCUCCCUGCCUUCUCCCUCAGCCCAGGAGGAAACUGAGGCAGCUCAAGGUCACAGCCAGCAUAGGGCAGGGCCGAACAUUAUUUAAACCUCACGCUUGAGUUUCCAGACUGAACUUCCCCUUGGCUGACUCGCGCGAGUCCUGGGAUCCGCUGGCAGGGCACAUUGCUCCUGGGCUGGGGACCCUGUGCCUCCUCCGUGCCGUCCACCUGCCUCAUCCUGCUCUUCUCAUCUGCCCAUCUGUGACGGAGCACGUGGCAUGCCUGGAUGUCCCUGCCCUGGCUGUGGCAUGGCCGGCCAAAGGCUCCUUUUCCUCAUCACCCUUGCCCUGCAGCUGCUGGGGAGGGCCGGGGGCUCCCAGCCAGCCCUCCAGAACCGGGGGGCCGCAGCAGCCUGUCGCCUGGACAGCGAGUCCUGGGGGUCCCUGCUGAGCAGUGACAGGCUGGACACCUGGAUCUGCUCCCUCCUUGGCUCGCUCAUCGUGGGCCUCACAGGGGUCUUCCCACUGCUUGUCAUUCCCUUGGAGAUGGGGACCAUGCUGCGCUCAGAAGCCGGGACCCUGCGCCUGAAGCAGCUGCUCAGCUUCGCCUUGGGGGGCCUGCUGGGCAACGUGUUCCUGCACCUGCUGCCGGAGGCCUGGGCCUACACAUGCAGCGCCAGCCCUGGAGCUGAGGGGCAGAGCCUGCAGCAGCAACAGCAGCUGGGGCUGUGGGUCAUUGCUGGCUUCCUGACCUUCCUGGCGUUGGAGAAGGUGUUCCUGGACAGCAAGGAGAGGGAGGAGUCCAGGCAGGCCUCCAGCAAAGACCCCACUGCUGCUGCGCUCAAUGGCGGCCACUGUGCGGUCCGGGUGGUGGCACAGCCCAGCCUGAACACUGAGGUCCGGAACCUCAAAGUCAGCGGCUAUCUUAAUCUGCUGGCCAACACCAUAGACAACUUCACCCAUGGGCUGGCUGUGGCUGCCAGCUUCCUCGUGAGCAAGAAGGGCGUGGGCAUGUGGGGCGCCGGCCAGCGCAGCCCCGGACUCAGGCUCCCGUCCCUGCAGAUGGGGCUCCUGACCACCGUGGCCAUCGUGCUGCACGAGAUCCCCCACGAGGUGGGCGACUUCGCCAUCCUGCUCCGGGCCGGCUUCGACCGCUGGAGCGCUGCCAAGCUGCAGCUGUCCACAGCCCUGGGGGGCCUGCUGGGCUCCUGCUUCGCCAUCUGCUCGCAGCCAGUCGGGGUCUCCCCCUGCGCAGAGGAGACGGUGGCCUGGGUCCUGCCCUUCACGUCCGGCGGCUUCCUCUACAUCGCCCUGGUGAAUGUGCUGCCAGACCUCUUGGAGGAGGACGACCCGUGGCUGUCCCUACAGCAGGUGCUUCUGCUCUGUGCCGGCGUCGUGGUGAUGGUGCUGCUCUCGCUCUACAUCGAGUGACCAAGUGACCGACGCCCCACCCACACAGCAAUAAGACGCUCGGAUUCGCCCGUGACCGUGCGUGUGUGUGUGUGUGUGUGUGUGUGCGUACACGUAUGCGUGCGCGUGCUCUGGCCAGGAAGCGUGUGCGAGACCGACACUGUGACCUGAUGGCCUCGGCCCGCCUCCCCGACACCCGGUCAUCUUGCGCCUCCAGGGGAUCAGCGCUGGUCCCCAGAGCCCGGGACCCCAGGCGUGGGUGGCUCGAGGAACCCAGGGCUGCAGGGACCGGAGGACGAGCAGCCUUCGGGGGAGUGGGCCCCUCUGGUUCCGCCCCGGCUCGGGCGCCCUCCCUCGGGUCCAUCUUCCUGGCCAGCCAAAGAAAGGGCAGGCCCACGCUCAUGUCCCCUACCAGUGCCCUGACAGCGAGCGCCGAGGCUCUCGCUACCGCCAGCUGCCAUGCAGCAGCCUGCAGAGCGGCCGUGACCGGCCCGGGCCAGGCGCCUCCUGUGGGCUCGGCCGAGACAGGCUGGGUUGCCUGGGCUGCCGCUGUCAGCGCUCAGGAAUGUGCUCCGGACGCGGCCGCCCACAGCCGGCUGGCCCUGCUUAGGGAGUGGCUGAGCGAGUCUGCAAGGUCGUGAGGCACUCGGGUGGUCUCAGCUGCAUCUGUAAAUACCUGUCUGUAGACGGCACAGAAUAAAUAUUCAGACCAGA